CAAGCGGCCUCCAUUUCCAUACCGCGCACACUCUUCCGGAGUAAAAGCUCUUGUCCCUUCUCCGAUAAGGGAUAUUUCAUUUUCGCAUUUUCCUUGUCUGGAUUCCCGCCGGAGCUUGCUUCUUCCAGGAUUUUUUCCAACAAAAACAAUGAUGCCUGGAGUAUUAGCAGUCGUGAAUCUGAACAUCCGCGAUGCGGCUGUUUUUCUUAUUCUAUGUUCUGCCAAUGAGUUUGUUGCGGAUCUCCCUGGCGGCCUCCUUCGUCACCAAUUCCCUUCCAUGGCCAACUACACCAUUUUCAUAUUAGGGAUUCUGCUUCUUUACCUCUCCUUCUUAUUUCCUCGGGAGUCCGUAUCACAAGUGGCAAAGAAGCUGUUUUGUAUAGCUGCCGAACACUGUCGCCUUUCACUCGACGCUGCUGCUCGGGCCACUUCGUUGGUGGGAGAAAAAGCAUGCAUGAUUUUGGCCCAGAUGAAGGAGAUGUUCAUGAUGAUUUUGGUCAAGAUGAAGAAGAGGUUCAAGGUAUUAGUCCUUGUUACGACGGUAGCUGUCUUUGGGAUUGUUGUAGAUCUCGCAUACCGCCUACCUCACAGAUUCCUAUCCGUUGCUUACGUUCUAACCAACUUCGCCACUCUCACACUGGGAAUUUCACUUCUUUUACUCUCCAUCGUAUUUACUAGGGUGCCUGUAUCAGUCGUUCUCGCCAAGAAGCUGGUUUCUGCAACUGCUAGACUGGGUCGAUUUUUGCUCGGCCUAAGGAGAAAGAGAAAGUUCGGCACCAUGAGGUCUGCUGGGUCCGCUCCGUUGGUUAUAAAAAUCGCAGAAGAGGAGCUGGCUUGGAAGAUGUUCAAGAUGUCAGUACUUACCAUUUUCAUAGCUGCCUUUGGGAUUUAUGCAGAUCUCAGCAUCCCGCACCACAAAUUCCUCUCCAUUGCCUACGUUGUUGCCAUUUUCCUCGCGAUGGCGGUUAGUUUACACUACAUCCUAUUUCUGUGGGUGCCUGUAUCCGUGAAUGUGGCAAAGAAGCUGGUUUGGGUUGCUGUUGGACUGGUUCACCUUUCAGUCGGACUUCGAUUGGCCAUUCAUGUCUAUUCACCACCGGCGCUUGUUUAGAUCUCCUUCAUGUCUCUUACCAGUCUUCGGCAGGGCAGCUAUUAGGCUCUGCUUUUGAAGAGCUGUUGGAGUUUGCUGGUUCCGCGGCUCCUGGGGUUGGGGAUUUUGGUCAGCAACGUUUUCUGUUUGUUUUUUUGGUUGUCUGAUUUCUUUUUGGGCUGUCUGGUGCAUCUGUUGUAGGGAUUGCGUCCUACCCCACGCAGCUCUAGCCACGAAAGGGAAGUUCUGUGGGUGGGCCCACCGUGAUUUAUCUGUUUAUCAACGCCGUCCAUCCCUUCUCCUAGAUCAUUUUAAGGUAUGUAUAAAAAAAUAAGGCAGUUCAAACGGUUAAAUGGACCACACCAAAGAUAACAAUUGCAUUUAAUGCUCUAUUCAUUUAAUGAUAAAAAACUUAUUAUUUGGUGUGAUUCAUUUGACCGUUAACUCUGUCACGUUUUUGCACACAUUUAUUACAAUGACCUGAAAGGAGGGAUGAACGGUGUGGAUAAAUAGUUACAUCAAGGUGGGCCCAUCUAUAGAACUGACCGUUCGUGGCUUGAGCCGGGCGGUAGGACUCAAUCCACGUCCGUCUUGUGAAUUGUACGCAGCGGCUGUUUCGUACUGUUGUAUACAUGCUGCGUUAUACUUAUAUAUAUAAAAGAGGUAUUUUUAUUUGCUGCUUGAA